AUGUCAAUAGAAAACAAUAUUAAUGAUCCAAAUUCUAUUAGUGCUGAUAUUUCUAAUUCACUAUUAUUUAAGUUAAAUAAUGAAGACCAAAUAAUUUGUGAUGAGGAAUCUAAAGAUAAUAAAAAAAAUCAUUUAAAAAAUGAAACAGUUUUUGAGUCAUCAGUUAGACUUUCAAUUAUUUCUAAUGAUAUUAUUAAUAAUUCAAAUGUAAGAUCUUCUAUUUCUAUUAAAAGAGAUGGAAAUUCUCGUGCAUCUAGUUAUUAUGAAGAAUCAGAAAGUCAUAUUCCAAUUAGUUAUUUUAUGAAUAUUUGGAAUAAGUUAAUAAAUCAAAAUUUAGAUAAUGAAAAAAUGAAAGCAAAAGAAAUGAUAAAACAGUAUUCAGAUAAUUAUAAAAAUACAAGUUGUUCCUGUAUACCUUCAUCAUAUGGUAGAAGUAAUACAAGGAAUAUUGAAAAAAAUUAUCAAUUAGAGGAAGAACAAAUUUUAAUUUUAGCUUUAUCAUUAUCUCCAUAUUGUGAAGCAAAUAAUAUACAUUGGGAAAUAUUAAGUUCUGUUUACAAAUGUUGUAAUUUUAAUGAAAAUGAUAGUAAAAGAAAAGGUGUACCAAGAUAUGGAAGACAUUGGGAAGAUAUUGGAUUUCAAUCUCUUGAUCCUGCUACAGAUUUUCGUGGAAGUGGUAUUUUUGGUUUAUGUCAAUUAUUAUUUUUAACAAGUAGUGGAUUAUCAGAAAGUGUAAAAGAUGAUAUUUUAAGACUUAGUCAAGAUAAAGUAUAUAAUUUUCCAUUUGCAGUUGUAGGAUUAAAUUUUACAAAAAUGAUUAUUGAUAGACUUCGUACAGGAAAGUUAGAUAAACUUGCAGAAAAAGAAAAAACAUACAUUUCUGUUGUAAAUGGAAUAUAUCGUGGUAUAUGGAUAAUGUUUUAUAGAAUGUGGAAAAGUAGAAAAUGUCAAAUAAGUGAUUUUUCAAAUAUUCUUGAAGAACUUAAAAAAAUUAUCAAGUCUCGACCAAAAUAUUUACUAAAUAUGGCGAUUUUAUAA